CAAAUCAAGCACACGAGAGCUGGGCUUGACGUGAGAAGCUCAAUUGAUCACACAAGAUGCAGGCAUUCCGAUCCGCGCCCAGAGUCGCCUCGCAAUUCCGCUCUGUCGGCUUGCCCAGGCUGGUGAGGGGAUAUGCCACCAAGUCGUACGAGCAUGUGCUUGUUUCGACGCCCAAGGAGGGUGUUGGUUUGGUUCAGCUCAACCGACCGAAGGCGCUCAAUGCCCUCUGCACCCCUCUGAUCCUCGAGCUCAACCAGGCUCUGCGCGACUUUCAGAGCACGCCGUCAAUUGGCGCCAUUGUCCUCACUGGGUCGGAAAAGGCGUUUGCAGCCGGUGCCGACAUCAAGGAGAUGAAGGACCUUGGUUUUAGCGACGCAUACGGAAAAGACUUUAUAGAGUGCUGGUCGGACCUCGUCACCUUUCUCAAGAAGCCGCUCAUUACAGCUGUCAAUGGCUAUGCGCUAGGCGGAGGCUGCGAGCUUGCCAUGAUGGGGGACAUCAUGUACGCAGGGCCCAAGGCAAUGUUUGGACAGCCAGAGAUCAAGCUGGGCGUCAUACCCGGUGCAGGCGGAUCACAGCGCCUGACCAAGGCGAUUGGCAAGUCCCGAGCCAUGGAGGUUAUCCUCACGGGCGACAACAUUACUGCACAGCAAGCGAGCGAAUGGGGUCUGGUUGCAAAGGUGUUUGAGACUCCAGAGGCCUGUGUCGACGGCGCCAUUGCGACGGCAGCCAAGAUUGCGUCCUACAGCCAGAUUGCCGUCAAGGCGGCCAAGGAGGUUGUCAACAAGAGCCAGGAGCUCGGUAUUCGGGAAGGUGUCGAGUACGAGCGGAGAGUAUUCCACGGCCUGUUUGGAAGCGAGGACCAGAAGAUUGGCAUGGCUGCUUUUGCGGCCAAGGAGAAGCCCACUUGGACAAAUAAAUGAGCGCUAGGAAUGACGUAGGCGACCAAGCAUGGCUUCGCGCUUUCGCCAUCGUAGCUCUCUGGCACCAUGCAAACGAGACUAAAAUUAUCCACAUG